AGCAGGGAAUGGAAUUUCUGAAGAAGAUGAUUCAGGUAAAUGUCAUUAACGAACCCUGCAUUGGAAGCUAACAUGAUCCACUUCCUCUAACUGCAUGGCCAUUGCACCGGUACAUGAUUUCCAUAAAGAGGAAUAUUAUCUAAAGAAAGUCCAUGGGCUGGUAACAGACUUCAUUUUUCACAUGCCAUUGAAGGUGAAAGAGCUUCAUACAAGAGGAGAUGAGGCGUCGAGAAUUGCGGUAUCCCAGAGUUCCCUAGAACCUCCCACGUCACCCAGUCAUGGCUUCGAUCCGUACCUACUGAGACUGGUGCGUAACUGUCGCUUGUGUUAACUGCUUAUAUCAACAUGAUUAAG